AUUUUUUGAUUGGCUAGCCAGGACGUCUGUUAGGACGUGUUGCGCUUUUGGUGUGCACUCCGAGUGUGGGCGGCCCUGUGGGGGUGUGUGGCAGGGGUUUCCAGACCCGGGGCCAACAUACCAGCCCCUUCCAUCAGGGGUUCGGUUUAGGGUCGCCCCUGGCGGGCGGCUCUCGAAUCUUGAAGAACAGCACGCGGACCCGGACCCUCCCGGGGCUGCGGAGGUCGGCAGGAAGAUGGCGGCAGCGUCGGUCUCUGAGACUUCGGCUUCUCAGUUCUCGAACAUCUUAGCAGAACCAUCAAAGUCUAAUGGAAAUAUGGGUCACGAUUGCUCAUCUUCAUAUGUAAUAUAUCCACCUGAUAAGCCUUUCCUUAAUAGUGAUCUGCGACGUUCCCCAAAUAAGCCUACAUUUGCCUAUCCAGAAAGCAACAGCAGAGCUAUAUUUUCUGCUCUGAAGAAUCUUCAAGAUAAAAUUCGACGUUUAGAACUUGAAAGGAUUCAGGCAGAAGAAAGUGUGAAAACCUUGUCUAAAGAAACAAUUGAAUAUAAGAAAGUACUGGAUGAACAGAUACAAGAAAGGGAGAAUUCAAAGAAUGAGGAAUCAAAGCACAAUCAAGAGCUGACAUCUCAGCUGUUAGCUGCAGAAAAUAAAUGUAAUCUUUUAGAAAAACAAUUGGAAUACAUGCGUAACAUGAUAAAGCAUGCAGAAAUGGAGAGGACAUCUGUAUUAGAGAAACAGGUUUCCCUAGAAAGAGAACGACAACAUGAUCAAACGCAUGUUCAAAACCAACUUGAAAAAUUGGAUCUUCUUGAACAGGAGUAUAACAAGCUUACCACAAUGCAGGCCCUUGCAGAAAAAAAAAUGCAAGAGUUAGAAGCAAAACUCCAUCAAGAAGAACAGGAAAGGAAACGUAUGCAAGCUAAGGCAGCCCAGUUGCAGAUUGGUCUAGAAAGAAAUAGACUUAUCUUUGAAGAUAAGGCAACUUCAUGUGUUCCCAAUGCAAAAAGAAUUAAAAAAAAGAAGUCAAAACCACCAGAAAAGAAAGGUUCUAGGAACUAUUUUGCCGCACAACCACAUUAUAGAUUAUGCUUGGGUGAUAUGCCAUUUGUAGCUGGAAAGUCCACCAGCCCUAGCCAUGCUGUGGUAGCCAAUGUUCAGCAUGUCUUACAUCUAAUGAAGCAACACAGUAAAGUCUUGUGCAAUGACCGAGUAGUCAGCAGUGUUCCUUUGGCAAAGCAAGUGUCUUCACGAAGUGGGAAAAGCAAGAAGUCAGCAACGCCUUCCCCCUCUAGCAGCAUUAAUGAAGAGCUGGCAGAAGUCUUAGAGACUUUACAAGAUGAAUUUGGGCAAAUGAGCUUUGACCAUCAGCAGCUUGCGAAACUUAUCCAAGAAUCACCAACCACUGAACUGAAAGACAACCUAGAGUGCGAACUGGAGGCAUUAGUGGGCAGGAUGGAGGCAAAGGCCAAUCAAAUAACUAAAGUUCGAAAAUAUCAAGCCCAGAGAGAAGUGUAAUGACUGGUGUAUUUAAGAGAAGACUGUGACUGCCGGGAGGGGGUAGAGACAGGAGAGAGGCUGCGAGACCAACUACGCCAUUUAAGCUUAUCUUGAUCAGAGGUCACCGGUGACUGCAGUUGGGGAGAAGUAGACAGAUUUGAGGUGAGUCUUGGAAAUAGAAUUAUCAGGGCUGCUUGCCGCUGGGUAUCAUGUGGAGGGAGAGGACGGUGGUACAGCUGACUGAAACGGAGAAGACUGGUAGCAGAACAUGUUGGCAGACAUUUAUUAAUUGGUUGCUGUGUAAUAGGCACAAUGCUGAGUGCUCUAUGUCAUCUUAUUUAAUUUUCAUGGAAGGCUUAUGAGGUGAGUAUAUAUUUCAUUUUACAAAUGAGGAAACUGGAGCCAAGGUCCUGGGAAGUGGGCAUACCCUAAAAUGAAACUAUGUAACUGGCCCAAGGACAUACUGGCUCACUGGUAAAUGGCAGAGGUAUGAUGCAGACUGGGGUCCAAAACCUAGCUUUAUAAGCAUUUUUUUCCCAAGUUCACAUACUAAAAAUAAAACAAUAAAUACAAGCAAAUGAUUCCUAUAGGAGUAAUGAUCUAAUUUGUUUCCUGUACAUUAGAUUUAACUUUAUUCUAAUGGAACACCAGUGUGCCAGCAGCUAAAGUAAAAAUAAAGCUCCCUAUUUGAAAUUAAAUUAUUCUAAAAGGUGAAAUAAUAAAAUUAAAAAUCCUUUUCAUAGUAUUAAUACAUUACCAUUACAUCCCUUCAUCCAUCUGCAACGUGCUUCUUUGUCUGUGCAGACUAGUUUCUAGGAUGCCUUUCUCCUUCGUGUAUUAAAAUCUUGUCUUCCAUUUCCCAUGUCAGAUUUUUUUGCCGCCUCCCUGAGACCUUCCCCCGAACUCCCUUGCUUCUCACUCACCCUGUGCUGCACUUUGGCAAGUCUUAACUUCUGAUACAGCACCAGAAUUGAUGUGUUGACUCUUGCUAACAGGUGUUUAUGUCACUAUAUAUUUUAAACACUGUUAAAUGACUAGUGCAAUAGAUUUUUGAAGCCUUUAAAAAUAUAAACCCAGAAUAUAUUAUAUGUGUUUUAGUAUGAGAGUUAGAAAUAACAGUUUUCAGAAAAAUAUGUUUUCAUUAAUUUCUCCUUUUUUCCCUGCCUUGGUUUUUUGGUAUAGCUGGAGAAACAGAAGUUGGAGAAGCAGAAGAGGGGAUUAAGAACCACCAAAAAGACUCUUGAAGAAGGAAACAGCAGCGGCCGUUCUUCUGCAACCACAGGGACCACAAAUAAGAAGGACUUUGCCAAACCGAGACCUGGAGAA